AUGAUCAGAGAGCUCACUGUACAGGACACUGGGACGUACCACUGUGGAGUUGAUAGACCUGCACAGUUCGACAUUUAUACAGCUGUGGAACUGAAGGUAAAGGAAGAUCUGUCCUAUGAGAAGUCCAUCAGUGAGACUGUUCAUGUAGGAGGAGAUUUGAACAUCAGCUGUAAAUACCCAGAAUCCCUCAGGAGUGACCCCAAGUUUCUCUGCAAGAAGACGCUGCAACAAGCUGCUUGUUUUUAUAAAGAAUCUGUUAAAGAAAGUAGAAAGUAUGUAAAUGAGGGGAAAUUCUCCCUGUAUGAUGAUGGAGCAAAAGAAAUCUUCAAUGUCAGUAUUAGAAAUGUGACUGAGCAGGACUCUGGUGAAUACUGGUGUGGAGCUGAAGGAGUCGGGACAUCUGAUCAUGGAUACAAGGUUUAUUUCACACAGAUCAACCUGAGAGCUACUGAUCCACGUGUCCCAGUUUCAACCCUGAAGCCAAAACAACCUUCAUCAUCAUCAUCUUCAUCACCACCACCACCACCAUCAUCAUCAUCACCACCACCACCACCAUCUUCAUCACCACCACCAUCGUCCAUGUUUGUUAAAUUGACUGUUUCUCUUCCAGGAUUUCCAGCUUCCACUGUGAUCCCUGUGUUUAUAAUUCUGCUGCUGUUUCUGAUUGGAAUCUCAUUCGUCUUUGUGAUUGUACAAAGAUGCCGCAAGAUGCGAGCGGAGAAAUCUCCUGAAAGUCUGAAUUACGCAACAGUGAGAUUUCACACCAAGGCCACCAGCUCUAAUGAUGGAGUUCCUCUGAUUAUCUUCAAGAAGGAAGAGCUCUCAUUUCCUGUGGGCCAGACUGAGGAGGACAGUGCUGAUAAUGAGCUCGUGUGA